UUUUCUUGGUGAUAUGAGUGACCUAAUGAAAAAAUGUCAUGUCCUAAUCCUUUACAAGUUACAAGUUACAACCCAUCUUUCCGGGCUUCCGGCCGUGACAGAAUGAUUACACUGGCCAACUUCGGAGCAAACGUCAUUUAACACCUUUUCAUUUUGCCGGCAACUGCAGACGGAUGCUGUUAUCCACUCCGUCCAGGUAUCGACGGCGACUGUUCACCGUCUCUCUUCGUUUCUCCGCCAAAUCAAACAUCUCUUCCUCUUCGUCACAAGCCAAGCUGUUGAAUCCUCCGGAUGAGGACUGCCGUGGAUUUUUGCCGUGGUUAGAGGAGAAAGCAGGAGCUGAGAUUUCGACCAAGCUUUACAUCGGGAAAUCGUCAUACGGCAGAUCCUUGUUUGCUUCUCAACACAUACAGAGGGGAGACUGCAUAUUAAAGGUUCCAUUCAAAGCGCAAAUAGCACCUGAUAACCUACCUCGGGACGUCAAGGUUAUAUUGGUUGAUGAAGUUGAUCAUGUCUCAAUGGUUGCUGUUGCCAUUUUGGCGGAAACGAAACAUGGCAAGGACUCCAGGUGGGCUCCCUAUAUCAGCUGUUUUCCUCGCCUUGAAGAAAUGAACAGCACAGUGUUCUGGAGUGAAGAUGAGUUAAACAUGAUUUAUGGAAGCACAGUAUAUGAGGAAACCAUUAAGCAAAAAUUUAUUAUUCGAGAUGCAUUCUCAAAGAUCAGACCAGAUGUCAGUUCUAUUUCCAGUCUGUACCAAUUUGGGAUGGGGCGUAUAAGUAUUACUACUCCAGAGGUUCUUGAAACCUUUCCCGAGGUCUUUGGAAGUAUCUUGUAUGAGGAUUUCAUGCAUGCGUAUGCUUUAGUGAAAUCUAGAGCUUGGGAAUGCCCAAAGGGGGUUUCUCUGAUUCCAUUUGCAGAUUUCUUGAACCAUGAUGGCUUUUCUGAAGCAAUUGUGGUGAAUGAUGAGGAGAAACAAGAGUCUGAGGUGACUGCUGACUGCAACUAUGCCCCUGAAGGAGAGGUACGAAUCAGUUAUGGAAAGUUGGCAAAUGCUACACUGAUGUUGGACUUUGGAUUUACGAUUCAACAUAAUAUCCAUGAUCAGGUUCAUUUGGCUUCUGAACAAUAGUUCUUUCAUAGACCCAAUAGACGUGGGUCGUGGCUAAUCUGGAACUGAGUUAGUUGAGCUGGUACCGAAACCAGCUUCUUGUACUUGAUGGGUGUAAUGUAUUUGAUCUGUAGCAUUCUGAAAUCUGACCUACUAUAUCUUUCAUAUGGUAGAAUUCGUUAUUAUAAUAUACCUGUCUUUCUUAAAUCUCCUUUGUAUUGUUCUUCCAUGUGUAUUAUUUUCUGCUCUAAGUUAAGUAACUCAGGAGUCGGUUCUCAGGUGGAGAUCCAGAUGAGUGUUCCAGAUGGGGAUAUUUUGCAUCAAAUGAAGAUGGAGAUUUUUCAAAGACAUGAGUUACCAACAAUCUGUGAUGCUAAUGAUGUGAAGUCAUCAUCUUGGAAUUGUUUCACAAUCAGGGAAGUGAAGUCGGCAAAAGGGAAAGGGAAGGGCAUUCCACAAUCAAUCCGUGCUUUUGCUCGUGUUCUGAGUUGUACUCGUCCUGAAGAUUUAAGUGAUCUGGCUGUGGAAGCUGCACAAAACGACGGUCGUUUGGCACGUCGCCCUUUCAAGGAUAACAGCAGAGAGAUCCGAGCUCAUACGAUCCUGUUGUCACACAUUAAUCGACUGAUUGACCAAUGCCAUGCAUCUAUUAAGUCUUUACUACCUCGGAGUUUUGUCGUCUCUGCAUCUGGAAGACACUCAUUUCGAAGGCAAAUGGCAAUGGACCUCCACACUGGUGAGCUCCGCGUUCUCAAAUCUGCUUCAGCGUGGCUUGAGAAUUAUUGUGAAAAGUUGUCCAAAGGUGUAGCGAAGAUGGUGGAUCGUCCUACUUACAACACUUGAAAGUUGAAACUAGCACUUGCCACAAACAAAUUCUCCGGAUACAUUUCUAAAACAUGUAGUUCACAUGGUGGAUAACAAUCUGCCUGCAUCCUUAGGACGGCGGCUCAGUAUCGGCCUGCGCCCUAGGGGCUGGGAGAUCACAACGGGAAAUCUAGUUACAGGAGAAUGCAAAGAAUCUUGGGGGGUGGAUGCCAAUAUUGUUAGUAGUAAUUAUAGAUCCAAUGUAGUUUGUGCGACUCCCUGAUUAACCUUAGUACCUGACGAAAAGUGAUUUGCAGAUUUCACAAAUUUCCUAACAAUCAUGUUCUCGGGUUGGAAAUCAGGAUAUCGUUGUACCUAGUAAACACAUAAUCGUCGAAUUUCGAAGAAAUUCAGUUCAUUGCCGCUAGUACAUUAUUUUGGCUUAGUUCCUAAGCUGUACUGCAAAACCGCAGACUCGCAUCGUUGCAUCUAGUGCAUCCGAUGUAGAGAACAAAAUGAUAUAUUAAGUUGAAGUACAUUCCAUCACCUGGCUGGACAACAAUAUCUACAAUGUUCAGGAAGAGGAAACAGAAAAAGGGGGAUAACUACUCCUCAAUCCCAUUCUGGAUUUUGGUUAUUCUGAUCGAAGAUAAACUCGGUUUCUUUUGAGCAAUACAUGCAAUAUUUACAAUGUAAUGUAUCCAGAGACAAUCGCCAAUCGUAAGGCAAAGGAACAAGAGGAGUUACCCAGGGAAGUAGGUUGUCCAGCAAGUUUUAUGGCCCAGCACUAAUAUUCACAUAAUCUCACUGGGAAGUCGUUAAGCACUCUUACAAGAUCAAGGGAUUCUGUAGAUCUCCAUGAUUUAUGAAAUGUAUGCUUUCACCACAUCUGAGUAAUUGCAAACCAGUCCUGUUCUUGGACAGGUCACCUUACCGUAGUUCUUCUUGGCCAUCUCUUCAAGUGCCUUAGUGCUGUAGACAUAGCCAUUGGGCAAGACUUGUGGUGGGUUCUCAGUGUCCAUGAGCUCUUUAGUUAUGUAGCAGACGAGCUUUGAGUGGUGCUGCUUAGAGUAGGGUAAUGGCAAUGCUAACUUGCGGAAGGUCUCUUGCGAUAGUGGAUCCUCUUUCGGGCAGUCAUCAUCAUAGCAAUAUCUAAAUGCACAGUCAAGCUGAAACACCUACUUGGAAAAUAGUAUUUUUCAAAGCAUACCUCCAGCCGUUCUGUGUGGAAAUCUGCUUUGUGCAAAAAAAGGUUCGGAAAUCCGGUAACAAUAAUGACAGGUAAUGGAAAAACGAUAUAUUUUGAAAACAGUAAGCAGUUAAAUGACUGGCAGUAAGUGGAUACGGGGUCUUCAGGGCAGAUAGCCCUGCCUGUAGGUAAAUAUUCAGCAGUGGUUCAACAGUCAUCCCAUAUAAUUUGCUGAAUUCCUGUUUAAAUUGGUCCACCAGAUAGUCCCAUUGCUUCGGCUCGAAAAGAACCUUAUAUGCAGCACAUACAGUACCACUCUUGAAAGCCAGAGUGGCCAUGACCCUCUGCAACUCUUUCAUGUGGGUAGCUCCCCAUGGAGAAAGAUAUUUCCGAGCAUAUGCAAUGGCACGCAUGUGAUUAUCGGAUCUCACAAAUUCUAUGAACUCUUGAAGUCUCAACAGGAACUCGAAUUUGCUCUGGCAUCACUCCGAACAAAUUAGCAUACCAAAGAAAUUACAAGAUCGUAAAUAAGCUCCCAUGGCUGCAAUUGGGGGUUCUCCUAUCAAAUUAUAGUUUGCACAUAUUCCUAUAGUACAGUCAGCAACUUAAAUGGUUCACAAUGAAAACUAAAUUUAAGUUACUGUUGUGCUAUAUAAAGGUUGUUACAUCCUGAGAUGGGAAAAGUGACAGCAUUGCAAUCAUGAUUCACAAUAUAAAAUACAGUUUAAGUUUGCUCUAAUUGUAUAAAGAAAACACUCUAUAAUCUAUUUCACAAUGAACAAAGCACAAUGCUACGCUCCUCCCUGGUUGGAGAAGAACUCCAUCUGCACCCAUUGGCAUCCAGCCAAGCAUGUACGUCUUUCGUUGUUCUCUUCAUCAUGUUCCGUCUUACCAAUUGAAAAAUUGAGAACCCUUAGAAGGGCCUAAUUGCCAGUCCCAAAUCCUAGAACCGUGGACCACUAACCCUUAAAGCCCCAAAAUUGCUAGUCUGAGUUUUAAGUUCCAAAUUCUCUUUAUAAGCACAAAAGGGAUGAGGUGAGUAAUCAAGAACUUCAAUGAAUUGAAAGCCGUAUGUCACCAAGAUCUGAUGAUUCCACGAUACCAGAAACACAGGGAACCAAAAAUGGCAGAUUUUCAGAUUACGCCCCAUUGGAAAACUUGAUAACAGGCAGCAAAAUUGGUGCAAUCCUUUCUCCGCUCCAGGUCAGCGGUCGGAAUCCUCCCAAUACCAGAGAUUCAUCUCCAAAUUUUAUCAUUAUAGACCCGAAACUCAAAAUUAACUCCAAAUUAUGCUAUCAUUAGCUUCUUUUGAUGAAAAGAAAAAGCCUAUGCUCAAGCAAUUAAAUCCCAAACGGGAAGAAUCAAAAUACUUGACAGUUAAUAAUAACAAAAUAAUUCUAAUAAGAAAGCAUAGACAAAUAGAGAAAGUGAAAACCAAAAACUUGAUUGUGUCUCAACUGGGCAAGAGUAAUUCUCCAACCCAGGUAGCACCAUAGCAUCGUCCAUAAAGAAAUGAGCAAUACAUAGUAGCUGCUCACCUUGGACUUCUUCAACCGUGACUUGUUUUCAGCGCACCAAGCUAAAGCAGGAGCCACUUCUUUAUUCUGGAGAGCAUCAAUAACCCUUUUCGCUUCUUGGAAUACAUCAAUAUCAACCAGAUCCUGAAUGUUGCUGCUUUCAGCUAGCUUCGUUGCAGUGUCAUAGUAAGACAUUCGCAACAUAUAGUCUACAAGAAUUCGCUUCAGACGCGUGUUGCUCCAUUCGGUCAAAUUCUCAGCAUCUGCUGAUUCUAAAUGGUCAAGACGAGCUCGACACCUUUGUGCUUGCAGGUUCUCGGUACGACUACCUUCUUCCAGCUUUCUCUUGAGUCCCUGCAAUCUGGAGACGAGGGAGGUGAGGUGCUCGACGGCGUCGUCCUUGGUCAAAUCGGAACCGGCGGCUUCAUUAACGCCGGAGACGACGGAAGAGAUUUCCUUCUCGACAGCGCGGUGAUUAGCGCGGAUCGUCUUCUUGUAGUGCUCGAAGGGGACGCGGGCAAACUGGUGCUCAAGCUUCAAGGAUUCUGUCAGUUGCGCCAGGUUCGACGGCGGCGCGGGGGUGGUGACGGUAGAAGCAGGAUGGACGGGGAGGGGUGCGGCGGCUGGAGAGUUGCCGUUGGGGAGGGGAGGAUCGAUUUCCAUGGCGGUGGGAAAGAGUUCGAGUGGAGAUCAGAAGGGAAAUGCCAGGCAGUGUGGGAGAGAGCCGACGAAAGAAGACGUGGACGAUUGUUGGAGUCCCGAUGGAGAGGACAAAGGGAUGCGAAGAAGAGAAGACCCAAUCAAAUCAAUGAGUGAA